AUGAAGACCGUGCCAACUUCUACUCCUGCGAAAACAGCAGCAACUUCGUCCUUGCCAUCUUCUCCAGCAGCGAAGCCAGUGGUUACUAAUACCAGGGAGAAAGUUUCACCUGCCAAGAGAGCUCCAACUGCAACAUCAGUGGCAAGUUUCCCUACCCAAAAGCCUGCCUCCUCUGUGACCACCACGACCCGUAUGCCAAGCCCUAAAUCAUCGAUGACCAAACCGCCAACUGGUAGGCCACCUUCUCCUUUUACUCUCCCACCUUUCCAGUUGAAAGCUCAAGCUGAGAUUGAUCCCAAGAAGAGUCAUGCUGAGGCAGAGCAAAACACGACCGACAAGCCCAAGGGAUGGCUAUUUGGUGGCACUCGCAAAGCAGCAUCUAAGGGAUGUGAGUAUUCUUCUGAUUCCGAGGAUGCAGGAAUGAGGAUCAUAACAAUUACUGGUGAUAAUAAAGGCGCUUUCAUGGAGAUAAACCAAUCAUCCCACCAUAAAAAUGGGUUUCAGGGAACUUCGUUUCGUCUCGAAAACAGCAACAGCAACGAGGCAGGUGAUCGGAAGAUGAAGGCCAAGAGCAACACAUCCAAGACAAUAACUAUGAACGCAUUCAUUAACAGCAAUGUGCAAGGCAUUAAUAACUCAAUUGUGUACAAUUCUUCAUGCGUUUGUCAUGACCCUGGUGUCCACCUUACUCUCUACACAAAACCAACUGUUGGAGGAUUCCAUGUCGAGUAA